UUUUACUCAAUUCUAAUGCGAGUCCAAUAAAAGCCCACGAUCUGCGGGGGUACAUGUGUGCUUUUUGCCCAAAACGGUUUCCCGAACCGCAAAAACUAAAAAAACAUUUUCUCGAAGAGCACAAUGAUGACAAUUUGAUAAGGCGCAUGUCUGGCAUGUCGGGCUCUCCGCUCUCCACCCACGUUGUGAAAUUAGACAUUACGCUUCUGAACUGCGCUCUGUGCGACACUGACUUCGACACACUAGAGGACUUUACACUUCACCUAGUAGAGGUACACAAUAAAAAAUUGUACACUGAUGUACGUAAUCAGUUGCUGCCUUUCAAAUUUGACACGCCGGAGUUGUGUUGCGCAAUCUGCUCGGUGACGUAUGGCAGCUUCAAACUCCUGCAGCAACACAUGAAUGCGCAUUUCAGAAACUAUAUAUGCAAAAUUUGCAACGCUGGCUUCGUAGUCGAGCGACUUCUGGCGCAUCACAUCCGCCGGCAUGGUGACGAAAAAGGUGAAUGUCCCGAAUGUGGAAAGGCUUUCACCAAUACGCUGAAAAUGCGUGAGCACGUGAAACGUGUGCACAUGGGCUUAGAUAAGCGGAACAAAUGCCAAUUCUGCGAGGAGAAGUUUGUAGACUAUUGGAAGAAGGUCGACCAUAUGGUCAAGGAGCACGGAGUUCCCUCGGUAGUCCUGAGCUGCGGGGCGUGCGAGCGUACUUUUGCUAACCAACGAGCACUGGCUCGGCACACAAAGAAGGAUCAUCUCAUGGAACGGAAACAUAAAUGUUCUUAUUGUGAAAUGAAAUUUUUCAGCUCGAGUGCGCUUAAGAAACAUUUACCUAAACAUACGGGUAUAAAGAAUUUCAAAUGCGAAGUGUGUUCCAAAGAGUAUGGUAGAAAGUCGACUCUAAGGGAACACAAGCGGAUACACACCGACGACAGGAGGUUUUCGUGUGCUCACUGCGGGCUAGCAUUCAUACAGAAGUGUAGCUUGAAGGGGCAUUUGCGAUCAAAGCACGGCGAGAACGUUUAACAUCAUCUAGGAUAAUAUUUGUUAAUUUGUUAACCUAAGUUGAGUUUACGAAAUAUAAUAUUUGAUUCUAAA